AUGAGCGACUUCAAUUACGGCGGAACGGAUGAAGAGUCAGCAGAGAUCAAGAAGCUCAAUGCUGAAGUUCUCGAGAAUACCGAUAACUUCGAGAACUGGGAAAAGCUCGUUCGCGCUGCAGAAACCCUCGAAGGUGGCUUGAACCGCAACUCAAGCCCGCAAGCAAUCGCAACAACGCGUGAUGCAUACGACCGUUUCCUUGCGAAGUUUCCGUUGUUGUUCGGAUACUGGAAGAAAUAUGCGGACCUCGAGUUCUCGAUCGCUGGCACAGAGGCCGCUGAAAUGGUCUUUGAACGCGGAGUUGCUAGUAUCGCAACUUCAGUAGAUAUAUGGACAGAUUACUGUUCCUUCAAAGUCGAAACGAGUCAUGAUCCAGAUGUGAUCAGAGAGCUCUUCGAGCGCGGUGCUUCUUCCGUUGGCUUGGACUUCCUGGCACAUCCGUUCUGGGAUAAAUACCUGGAGUUUGAGGAUCGGUUGGAAGCGCAAGAUAAGAUUUUUGCCAUAUUGAGUCGCGUUAUCAAGAUUCCCAUGCACCAAUAUGCGCGUUAUUUCGAGCGGUUCCGUCAGCUCGCACAUGCCCGCCCCUUACAAGAGCUCGUAUCCCCGGAAACUCUCGCUGGUUUCCGUGCCGAGGUUGAGGCCGAGGGCUCAGUGACUGGACCAAAGGGCGAAUUGGAGAUCGAGCGAGAGAUGCGCACAAAGAUAGAUAAUUUCCAUUUGGAGACGUUUACACGAACUCAAACGGAAACGACGAAACGAUGGGCUUAUGAAUCAGAAAUCAAGCGCCCUUACUUCCAUGUUACCGAGCUCGAUCACCAACAACUAGCCAACUGGAGGAAAUAUCUGGAUUUUGAGGAGUCAGAAGGUGACUAUACCAGAACUGUUUUUCUCUAUGAGAGAUGCUUGGUUACCUGUGCUUUCUAUGACGAAUUCUGGUUUCGGUAUGCUCGCUGGAUGUCCGCGCAGGAGGGCAAGCAAGAAGAAGUUCGAAAUAUCUAUCAACGGGCAUGCACUGUUUUUGUCCCGAUCGGUCGGCCUGGGAUUCGGUUACAUUAUGCUUACUUCGAGGAGAUGUCGGAUCGUGUCGAUGUCGCGCGAGAUAUUCACCAAGCAAUCCUGGACCGCAUGCCAGGUCACGUUGAGACAAUUGUAUCUUGGGCAAACCUUGAACGGCGUCAAAAUGGCCUCGAAGCUGCCAUCCAGGUCUACAAAAACCAAAUUGACACUCCCGUGGUUGACCUCUUUUCAAAGGCCGCUUUCGUGGUGGAAUGGGCUGUCUUAUUGUGGAAGGUUCAAGGGUCCGUCGACGAGGCUCGCCAAGUUUUCCAAAAGAAUCAGCAAUGGUACCUUCAAAGUCGCCAUUUCUGGGUCAAAUAUCUUGAAUUUGAACUUUGUCAACCAACCAGUUUAGCCACCGAGGCAGAACAUUAUGCGAGGAUCAAACAGAUCUAUGAUGAUAUGAUUCAUAAAAGCCGCAUGACUUUAGCUACCAAAAGGGAUAUAAGCAAUUAUUAUUUGCUGUACCUCCAACAAAGAGGCACAAAGGAGGCCAUGAAGGAAUUCUUGCAAAUUGACAGGGAGCUAAAUGGCCCCGCGUCUGUUCAGCCUGCAGAUCUCAAGGCAGAUGGCACGAAGGGUUUGGAGAAUGGGCACGCAGCUGGUGAAGUGGAUGAGGCUACACUCCGGAACGGCGAGGUUCAUUAUACUACCUACUUCCAACAGUUUGGCGAGCUGCCAGCCAACGCUCAAGGGCUCGCCCCCUUCCAUUAA